AUGACUAUAUCUCAUUCUAGUGCGACCGUGUGGGAAUUAGGGUUUACGGUCGAGAAUCAAAGGGUCAAGAUCGUAGAUUUCGGCAUAUGGGUGCGGUGCGCAAAGUCUCCCGUUUGGUCGGGAAGGGACAUGGAGACCUUUGGUGGUGGGGAAAACGGGACCACUCGUGCGAACGUGACGUUGAUGAGCACGUUGUUCGAUUGUGGUCCUCCGAAGGCGCUCGAGUAUGAUGUGUUGUUCAAGGGAAUGUAUUUGGCACGUGUGUUUAAGGCCGUGUGCAAGAAUAUGACGGCCGAGCUGCAUGCAAGCGACCGUCGUAGGUUUGUGGUUGGACGGCCGAGAUCGUGUCCGUUGACGGAUGAAGAUCUUUCACAUAUGCCUGUUACAAAAGAUCUAGAGAUUGAGCGUGCUUUCAAGGACUUAAUGGCCACAAAUUGGGAUGAACUUCCAUCAGAAAUCGUCCAUGGCGUAAAAAAUGCAUUGUCCAAGAACGCAGAGGACAAAGCUGCUCAGGAUGUUCUUAAAAAUGUGUUUCGAGCAGCUGAGGCAAAUGUGAAAACAUUGAGUGAAGAAUAUUCAAAGGCAUUGCAGACUAUUUUCGAUAGCAUAGUUUAUCUGGCUGCAUUUGGGCCAGAAGAGAGCUACUUGAAGAAGAAAGUGGAAACGGAGUUGGGAACAAAGAUGAUAUGUUUGAAAAUGUGGUGUGGUGGCCUCGAGGCUAAGUGGGGAAAGAUCAAGGAUUUCAGCAUAUGGGUCCGAUGCGCAAAGUCCCCCGAUUGGUGGGGAAGGGAGAUGGGGACCUUUGGUGGUGGGGAAAACGGGACCACUCGUGUGAACGUGACGUUGAUGAGCACGUUGUUCGAUUGUGGUCCUGCGGUCGAGAUGAAGAAGGCGCUCGAGUACGAUGUGAUGUUCAAGGGAAGGUACCGGGAACGUGCGAUUAAGGCCGUGUGCAAGAAUAUGACGGCCGAGCCGCAUGGCAGCCGUGGGUUUACGGUCGAGAAACAAAAUGACAAGAUCGGGGAUUUCGGCGUAUGGGUCCGGUGUGCAAAGUCUCCCGAUUGGUCGGGAAGGGAAAUGGGGACCUUUGGUCUUCGAGAAAACGGGAACGCUCGUGUGAACGUGACUUUGAGCACGAUGUUGUUCGAUUGUGGUCCGGUCGAGAUGAAGGCCCUCGAGUACGACGUGAUGUUCAAGGGAAGGUACUUGGAUUAUGAGUUUAAGGCCGUGUGCAAGAAUAUGACGGCAGCCGAGGCACAUGGCGGCCGCGGUGGGUCGUUUAUGGUUGGACCGCCGAAAUCGUGUCGGGUGAAUGAUUACAAACCUGAGAAAGUGUUGUUUGACCGUGUUCCGGUCGAGAUGAAGGCGCUCGAUUACGAUGUGAUGUUCAAGGGAAGCUACUGCAGAUACGAACUCAAGGCCGUGUGCAAGAAUAUGACGGCGCUUGGCAGCGGCCGUGGUGGGUUUAUGGUUGGACGGCCGAGAUCGUGUCUGGUGACGGAGUACAAAGAACCCCAGCGCGCAGACGAGCGACUAGCUUAG